UCCGUUUCGCUUCCUUCGAGACGAUCUUUUAAAUGCAAACCUUGAAGGCUAAGUUUAUAUAUAUUGAUUCCAUUUUGUAUCGAGUUAUCUGCGCUAUAUAUACGCGUAUACGUACAUAUCUAUUUGUAUGUAUAUAUAAACUGGAAGUCUGAGACUGAGGGGAUUUCUUUCUUUCUUGUUUGUGAGGCUCUUGUUGUUGACUGCUCGUUCUUCGAUGGCAAAGCAACUGGAACCUUUUUACUCAAGUUGCGCGUCUGUUUCUGGACUGAGGGAGAAGCAUCGGGAGGAAAUGGAAAAUCUCACGUUGACAACGCAGCCAUUGAUGACCAUAAAGUUUUUUGUGUUGGCUGUUAUACAAUGUCUCAAGCGAGCUAUUCUUCAUCCGGGUGGGUGGUUUAUGCUUAGGAGUAUUCAGGCAGGAAGUGUUGUAAUUCUAGCUAUGGCUAUUGUGGGAGCUCAUGAAAGGCAUAUUCAGGAGUUUCUUCGGUAUGCCCAAUAUGGAGUCUGGUGGUUAGUCCUUGGUGUGGCGUCCUCAAUUGGUCUUGGAUCUGGUUUGCACACAUUUGUGCUGUAUUUGGGGCCACAUAUUGCCUUGUUUACAAUUAAAGCUGUGAAGUGUGGACGAGUUGAUAUAAAGACUGCGCUAUAUGAUACAAUUCAAUUGAAUAGUAGUCCUUCAUGGCUUGAUAAAGAUUGUGAUGAAUAUGGUCCUCCAUUGUUUACCUCCCUACAUGGUUCACGAGUUCCUCUGAGCAGCAUACUGCCUCAGGUACAAUUAGAGGCUAUCUUAUGGGGUGUAGGAACUGCACUUGGAGAACUUCCCCCAUAUUUCAUCUCCAGAGCAGCUUUGAUAUCAGGAAGUAAAUUGGAAGAAAUGAAAGAUUUGGAUUCUUCUCCCUCAGAAAAUAGCAGAAUCAUAGACGACCACCUCAAACAUUUCAAAAAUUGGUUCCUUUCACAUUCACAAUAUCUAAACUUCUUCACAAUUUUAGUUCUUGCCUCGGUGCCAAAUCCUCUGUUUGAUCUUGCGGGCAUUAUGUGUGGGCAGCUGGGUAUUCCAUUCUGGAAAUUCUUUUUUGCAACACUGAUCGGAAAGGCAAUCAUCAAAACUCACAUUCAGACAGUUUUUAUCAUUUCAGUUUGCAACAAUCAGCUUCUCGACUUGGUUGAAAAUGAGCUGAUGUGGCUGCUCAGCUUCAUUCCAGGCCUUGAUGCUAUUUUGCCUAACCUUGUCACAAAGCUGCAUGUUAUUAGAGACAAGCUUAUGACACCCUCUCCAGCCUCCUCAAUAGUGAAGGUUAAAGAUUCAAAACUAUCAUUUGCUUUAGUUUGGAACACUCUUGUCUGGCUUAUGCUCCUGAACUUCUUCUUCAAGAUUGUCACAGCAACUGCGCAGAGUUUUCUAAAGGAACAACAAGAAAAGGAGUUGAUAGCAUUAUCGAAUAACUCCAUAGCAUCGGAUUCAGAACCUUCAACAGCUGAAUCCAUUUAAGGAGUUGAAAGAGUUUGUAGAAGUUUCGUUACUGCUGGAGCAUCAUAAGUUGUUUAUUCCUUUAGUAUUUUUCUUUUUGGCAUUUCAUGAUACGUUGAUUUAUAGAUUUGGCAGAAAGUUUUAUUUCUGUCAGUCACCAGAAUAGUAUAGUUGAACUUUAGUCUGUAUAGGACAAGUCUUUGUAAAUAAAUUUCAGCAUCUCACAAUGGAAAACUACUAGGUGCUUCAGUAAUAUCAAUGAACUGAAAAUUUCAUA